AGAGAUAUGACGGGACGAUGUACCGACCUUCUUGGUCGUCCGCUUCCUUGAUGCUGGCUUGGCCUUGGGCUCUGCGGCACUCUCGUCGGCGUCCUCAUCCUGCGGAGCACUGUUCGGUGAAGCACAAGUGACAUACAUGAGAGCACGUACCUUCUUCUUGGUAGCACGCUUCUUAGAAGCGGGCUUCGCCUUCACGGGCUCCGCCUCCUCGUCGGCCGAUCCAGCAGCCUCUUCCUCUACCUGCUACAUACAAUUGAGCACGCUAAAGAUCAGAUGUGCCCUGCAGAGACAUACCUUCUUCGUCGCCCGCUUCGCCCUCGGCUUGGCGGGCUCCUUCGGAGCGGCGGCAGCCUUCUUGGGCCUGCCCUUCGCCUUGGGAGCCUCCUCGGCAGCCUCGUCGUCGGUGGCUUCUGCCUUCUUUGCUGCGGCCUUCUUCGCCUUGGGCUUAGGGGCCUCUUCCUCCGGCUCUGAGUCUUCGCCCGCGGAGACGUCGUUGAUAGCAUUGGUGAAGUCCUCACCACCAGAGUCGGAUUCAGCGGCCUGCGCAGGUGAGCCCCAAGGAUCAAGAGAUUGCAGUGUACACUGACCUUCUUGGAGGCGCGCUUCUUGGGUGCGGCCUUCUUAGCAGGGGCUUUCUUGGGUUUUUCUUCCUCUUCAUCGUCUUCUGCGGCAGCCUUCUGAAGCAAAGUCAGGAUAAGGACCGUCGUAUGUAACGGGCCGACAGACCUUAGGACGGCCCCUGCCACGCUUCGGCUUUUCCUCAGCCUCUUCUCCGGCCUCUUCAGCUUUCUGCGGGCAUCGUGUGAGUGUCAGAUAGUGAGGGUUAUGACGAGGGUAGCCACCUGAGCCUUGGUCGCCCGCUUGCGCUUGGGUUUCUCC